CACAUCAGCCCACAUCGUGCGGCAGUGAUUGCAACUUUCAUUGGAGGAGGGAUUGUGGUGCCUUGGAAGGCCGUCACUUCCACCGAAUCGCUGCUCUGCCUCAUAACCUCCGUAGGCAUCUUCCUUGAACCCAUAAUUGCAAUUUCGAUAUCAGACUAUUUAUAUCGGAUCGUCAAGGCUCGUCGUAUCUACGUGUCAUCUCUUUAUCACCCCCAUAGUCGUUAUCGAUACAUCGCUGGGAUGAAUUGGAGGGCUGCAGCGGCUCUGCUUCGCUGUAUCAGUCCAGCCUGA